AUGGCUGAAUUGUUCGCUGGAAAACCGCUGGUCAAGGUUGAUGGCGAAAAAACCGACGGAGACGAGGCUUUGAAAGGAAAGGUGAAAAAUUGGUUCCUUUGAACUUUUCGAGAUGGGAAUGAAUUUUAUCUGAAAUUGAAAGGAAAUCCGAUUUUCAGAAAGUCGUCGCGUUGUACUUUUCUGCAAUGUGGUGCGGCAGCUGCCGGCAGUUCACACCCAAAUUGAAGGUUUCUUUCUAUUUUCAAGCCCUUGUAAUUGAAGAUCUGUGAAAUUCAAUACUUAUAAAAGGUUGAUGAUAUUGCGCUUUCGAACGUUCAUUUUAGUUUUUUUGGAAAGUUCUGAAAUCGAAUCUCGAAAAAAAGUUUGAAAAAUUUUUCGAAGAGGUUUUUAGUUUACUCUUCAGCUUGGGAUUUAAAAAAACAAUAGAAGAAAUUUUGAACUUUUUUUCUUAAAAACAAGGCCGAAAAAUGAGAGAAUUGAGAUUUAAAAAUCAAUCACAAAUUUUACGUUAUAAAUGUUUAUUCUGGGAGUUCCUUUAACACUUUUCGAAUAGUAAAGAUAUUUAUUCUAUUUCGGGAAGACCGUUAGAAUUGUGAUAAAAGUCUGUACAUGGUUGGUUUUUCAAUUUAAAACUCCUUUCAUACAGCUCGCGUAUCUGGAACGUCAAUUUUUUUUCUAGCGCUUCUACGAGUCUCUGAAACAAGAAGGAAAGGAUUUCGAGGUGGUUCUGGUGUCGCGCGACCGCGAAGAAGCCGACCUUCUGGAGUACUUGGAGCACGGCGGCGGCUGGCCGGCCAUUCCGUUCGGCGACGAGAGAAUCCAGUUGGGACUGCCUUCAUUUCCAAACAUUCCUCCUUUCCUGCAGAGAAUACCUGAAAAAGUACGAAGUUCCGACGAUUCCCGCCCUGAAGAUCAUUUCCUCCUCUGGAGAACUUCUUGUCGACGGCGCGAGAAAGGAAGUCGAGGUAGGAAUCGGGGAGAAUCAGGGGAGAGAGUAUGGAAUCAAGAAGAAAAGAAACUGAAUCGUUUUCUGAUUUUGUUUUUUUUAAAAAAAGCUUUUUUUUUAGCAAUAUUUUCGCUGAACUUUUCUUUUACGGUUAUUUUUGUUUUUAUUUUUUAUUUUUUUGCGUUUCGAACUGUAUAUUUUCAUAGAAAAAUGCAGUUAGGAAAAGUUUUAACUUGGAAAAAAAUUUUUAAAUUAAGGAAUAAUCUCUGAAAAAUUCUAUUAUUAUUUUUUUCUACUUUCCAAAUAUAGUAAUGUUCCGCGUCAUCUCUGUGAUUACAUUUAUAAAAACUGAAAUUUUUGAAGAAGAAUUAUUUCAGGAAAAGGGCAAGGAAGACCCGACGGGCUUAUAUGAAGAUUGGCUUGCAAAGGUUCAGCAAUAA